AUGAAGUCACAAUCAGCAGCACAAAAAUUGAAAGCCAAAAUCAACAAGGCUAAAGAAGAGAAGAGCAACAAGCAACAAGAACAACAAGAAAAACCUGCUAUUGUUGCUCCUCCUAAAAAAUCAACACCACCUGUUGUUGAAAAGGCUAAACAACAAGCUAAAAAAUCAAAGCAAGAAAGUCCCGAACAAGAUGUAAAGGUUGCUAAAACUCUUGUUGAAAAUAAUACAAAUGAUAGCCCAAUUCGUGAAGUAAUGUUUGAAGUUUGUACAGGUUCAUAUGAUUCUAGAUUUGUCGGAUUUUGUUAUAGAUAUUUUACUAGUAAUGAUCCAAAAUUCGAAACAGUACUUGAAUUACCACAAGCACAAUUAAUUAAAUUCUCUGAACAACAAAAAUUGAAGGAACAACCAUUAAUUACAACAACAUUCGCAACAAAACCACACGCAGGAAGUAUCAAUCAAUUAUUAUCAACAAAGAAAUAUGUUAUUACAACAGGUUAUGAUGAAUUGGCUUUAGUUUAUGAUUUAGUUACAAGAAGAGAAUUGAGAUCUAUACCUUUACAACAAGGAAAUAUUCUUGAUGUUGGAUCAUUGAAGGAUCAAUAUACAGCUUUUGCUACUGCUAAUGGUGUCAUUUCUUUACACGCAGGAGCUAAAUAUUCAUUCACACCAAUUUGGGAAAAGGUAGCUCAUAAGGGACCAGUUGCUAGUAUUGCAAUUCAUCCUUCUGGUCGUUUACUUCUUUCAGUUGGUCAAAAUGAUAACAAAUUGAGAGUGUGGGAUAUGAUUAAGGGUAGUUUAGCUUAUACAGUCAACUUGGGUAAACACAGUGCUGAAAGAGUUAGAUUUUCAUCAGCAGGUAAUCAUUUCUUUAUUCAUUACAGAGAAAAGGUUGUUAUACAUGAUACUGAAUCAUUAGAAGUUAUUUAUACACUUGCUCACGAAUCAAAUGUUACAUAUUCAAUUUAUGUCGGUAAUGAUUAUGUUGCCACUGGUACACAAGAUGGUAAAAUCACUAUAUGGGAUUUGGAAAAUGGUGAAUGUUUACAAGUUUUGGAUUUGCACGAAACUAGAAUCAAAUCUUUGGAUGUUAAGGAAGUUAACGUUGGUGAAUAUUGUCUUUGUGCUGUUUCAUCUGAUGGUGGUUUAUCAUUGUGGCGUUUAUAUUUGUUGGAUGAAGAAGUUCCUCCUGCUUUAUUAUUCUAUGAAGUAUUUAAUGUAAGAUUGACAAGUUGUUGUUUGUGGACUCACUUUGCUUCUGAACAUCAACAAUUUAUGAAAGAACGUAAACUUGCCUUACAAAAGAAACUUGGAGUUGAAGGUGACAUGCAAGAAGAUGAGAUGAUUGAAGAUUCAGAUUCAGAUGAUGAUUAUGAAUAUGUUAUGGAAGGAGGUGAAGAAGAAGGUGAUGAAAUGCAAGAUGAUGAAUAA